AAGUGCAGUUUUCAUUGCACGCAGGUCACAGGCAGACGAGCUACUGAAGAAGGGAAGCGCAGAUGGAAAACGAGGAGCUCUGAGUGCUCAUCUGGGGGAAACGCAAGAUCCUGCCUUCCAUGUCUUUGCUCUGCCCCGUUAUUGAUGGGAAAUCAACUAGAUCGGAUCACCCACCUGAAUUACAGCGAACUGCCCACUGGGGACCCAUCAGGGAUCGAAAAGGACGAGCUGAGGGUCGGAGUAGCCUAUUUUUUCUCGGAUGAAGAAGAAGAUUUGGAUGACAGAUCGCAACCGGAGAAUUACAAAGAUCGCAGUCCGGGCGAGGACGGUCACCUAGUCCUAAACGAGAUCGAGUACUCUGCUUUCUGUUGCCAGGAAUGCAUAUUCUCCAAAUUGCGAGAAAACGAAGACUUACAUAUUUACUCAAUUACAUCUUUGUUGUCCAUGUGCAAGCCAGGGGACCUCCUGGAACUUGUUUAUGUCACCAGCGAUCAACCCCCGCACUGGGCGGUUUACGAAGGGAAUGGCUUCAUCAUUCAUUUGCACAAAGGGGAAAUCCGCAAAGACAGCUUGUACGAGAUCAGUAACGGACGACUGGGCAGGAUAGUUAAUAACUGGUACCGGUACAGACCCCUGCCAGCCGACCUUGUCAUGCAGAACGCCUGUGGCCACCUGGGGCUCCGGAGCGACGAGAUCUGCUGGCUGAACUCGGAAAGUUUUGCUGCGUGGUGCAGAUUUGGCAAAAGGGAGUUUAAAGCCGGAGGGGAGGUGCAGACUGCAGAUCAACAAUAUUUUCUUAAGAUUCACCUCUCGGAAAGCAACGUGCACACAUUGAUGUUUCGCAGUUUGGAGGAUUUAAUACGAGAAAAACGGAGGGUGGACACAAGAGGCAAGCUUCGGGUGCUCAAAGAGUUAUCCAUAGUCAAUGGGAAGCAGUAGCCGGGAGGCAGCUGUACGAAUCAAUGGGAAAACACAAGAGUGUGACCUGUUGGGACUUGCAUGCCACAUACAAGAGCUGCUGCGCCACUCGUUUAGGGGCAUUGUUCUCUCUGUCAUUCUUUUUAUUUCCUGUUUGGAGAUAGAAUGUGCCACACAUACAGUAUUAGGAAUAAAAAGACCCAGUGUGCCAUUUCUGCAUGGGUGUCAACGUAACUGACAGGCAGCAGAGGUUUCCAGACGACUCAAACCCUGUCUUUAAAUCGUCUGCAUUGUGUUUUAAUGUGUCUUUUUCUUAAAUCCAUGUUUUAGAUAGACAUUCCACUAGAACUACACAAGUUGAUGCCUCUGCUUGAUUUGGCUUAACAGCCUGUAAAUGGGCAAGUCAGACUCUGCAGUGAAUGAUCCUGCAAACCUGGCAGAUUAAUAAUGCAAGAAAGGAUUGUGUUAGCGACAGAUCAAAAUGCGUGAAGGAGGACAGACACACUAGGAGUGUUUAUUGCAAAUCUUGAUUUAUGACAAGCCAUGACAGUUUUGUGCUCCCAAGAGGAGCAGA